UAUAAAAUUGGUCAAAGUUAAAAAAGUUUGACUCAUAUGGAUUUUAGGAGUUUGACUCAACUUUCAAGGUGGGAGUUGAAACUUUCACGGUAGAGGGAGUAAGCUUUUACAUAGGUCAUAUAGCCUCAUAGAUAGGUGAAGCAACUUCCAUUGGUCGGCCAGUGGCAUUAAAGAAAUAUGCCCUUAACAAUCCGUCUCAGUUCACAAAUCGUUUCCUUUAAAUACAACAACACACUACUACUGCCUCCAACAGUCCAACCCCCUCUCAAAGCUGUGAACUUGAUCUUUUGCUCCAACAGAGCUUCAGUCUUUUAGACUUCAGAGCACGCCAAAAUUCUAUCAGCAGCCAUCGUCGUCAUGGGGAACUGCCUGGUGAUUCAUUACAGGAAGGAGAUGAAGAUCAUGAGCGUGGAUUAUGGCAGCAGCCAAGUCUUCAGGGUGCAGCCAUCCCCCAGCAGAUUGAUGAAGGUUCAAGACGACGACUCCCUCGGCGAGCCCCUGCCGGCGGCGAGCGUUCUUCCGGUGAAGAAGGCGCCGGCGGGCACCGUCAGGGUGAAGCUGGUGAUCAGCAAGCGGGAGCUCAAGAGGAUGCUCGACAAGGAAGAAGGCAUGUCGCUGGACGACGUGGUGUCUGUGUCUCUCAUGCGCAAAGAGGCGAGUGAUCGUGAACAGGUCGAGUACUGCUCCGGAGGGUGGCGGCCUGCGCUGGAGACCAUACCAGAGGGCAGCGAUGUAGUAUAGCAGCCGCCCGGCCGAGGUCGUUCAGGAUAUCAAAGAUACCUUGUAAGACAUGCUAUAUCUAUACAUGUAGUAGGAGUUUUGAGAUAGUGAUUCUCAUCAUCUUUUCAUAUGCUAUGUAUACAUGUAGUAGGAGUUUUGAGAUAGUGAUUCUCAUCAUCAUUUCUUGCUGCUGGUCUCAGCUUAUGUAAAGAAGCUAGGUAAAGAUGAUCAUGGAAAUCAAUCAGGAGCUUGCUCGUUGGUCUGAAAAGUCAUAGCUGAAAAUACUGUUCGAUGAUUUAUUAUGAAAGAAGUUCGCUGAUUUAUUA